GUUGGCUGUGGCCUUGGAGGUCUGGCUGCUGCGUACGCGUUAGGACGAGCAGGACAUUCAAUCAUCGUCGUCGAAAGUUCGCCAUCGAUCGGUGAAGUCGGUGCCGGAAUACAAGUUUGUCCAAAUCUAUCCCGUAUCUUGGCCAAGUGGGGCUUGGUGCAUAAAUUGAAGAGCAUCGCAGAAAGGGAUAAACCUACCUGGUUUACAUUUCACCGAUAUGAUACAGGAGAGGUUCUCGGUAUGUCGCGUUUGGAAGGCAAACUCGACAGAGACCACGGAGCGCCGUGGUAUGUUGUCCAUCGUGCAGAUUUAUACGACAUGUUGUUCGCGAAAGCAUCGCCUUACAUGGACCUUCGAAUGGAAAGCAAAGUUGUCUCUCUGCAUUUCGAACAACCCUUCGGACCUUGUGCAAUUUUGCAGACAGGAGAAGUCAUUUUUGCAGACCUGAUUGUUGGCGCAGAUGGUAUCAACAGCGUGGUACGCAAUUACGUCACUGGCCAAACGGAAAUUCCAUUGUCGGUGCCGACAGGCGAUCUAGCGUAUAGAGUGGUUCUACCAACCCGUACAUUUGUGGACGAUCCGCAAUUGAGACAUCUCGUCGAUGAACCUAGAAUUAGAUGUUGGAUAGGACCGGGGAGACAUGUCGUCGGUUACUGUAUCCGAAAUCGAAAGGAGUAUAACAUGGUAUUAGUCAAACCUGGAGAUGGUCAUUCGUAUUCAUGGACAGCAGAGGGUAACCUGGAAGAAAUCCGUGAUGGUUUUCAUGAAUGGGAUCCGUGUGUUCAGAAAUUGCUGUCUCGAGCAGAGUCUGUACUAGAAAGCAAGCUACUCAUCUGCAGGCCUUUGAAGACUUGGAUUCAUUCAAGCGGUCGCGCAGUUUUGUUGGGAGAUUCAUGCCAUCCCAUGCUACCAUACCGAGCUCAGGGAUCUGCAAUGGCGAUUGAAGACGCCGUUGUCCUUGGCAAUUUGUUCUCGAGAAUUUCCGACAAUUCACAGAUACCAGACUUACUGAAAGCAUACGAAGGUCUUCGCCAUGCACGAGCGUCUGCCACCCAAGCAGCUUCGGCUCGGAACAGAAGCGUAUAUCACCUACCUGACGGUUUGGAGCAAGAAAAGCGGGAUGCAGCUAUGAAAUUAGCCAUGGAAGAAGAACUGCUGAACUACGAAUGGUCCAAGGAUGGUGAUCCUCCGUCCGUUUUCGGUAAUCGGAAUCGAGAUAACCCUAAUGCAUGGUCGGACAAAAACAAAAACGCGGAGCAAUUCGACUAUGAUCCAGACACGGCGGUGGAUGAAUGGUGGGCCUCAGAGUCAAAUGGUUUUCAAAUGGAUCAGUCACUGGAGAGUGUAGAAGUAGACUCAAACUUCCAGACGCGAUGAAGAACAAACAUAUUUCUGGAUAAGUAACUUGAGCUCGGGACUGUGUACAGGUUUGACGUACAGAAUCUAUCAUGAUCAGAACAGAUGUUCGUGAUUGCGUAGAUACAGCAAA